AUGUCGUCUCUUUCCCGUCGCGCAUGCUACAAAUGUGGCAAUGUUGGGCAUUACGCGGAAGUCUGCACCUCGUCCGAGAGAUUGUGCUACAACUGCAAGCAGCCAGGCCAUGAGUCAAACCAGUGCCCUCUACCGCGCACUACGGAGACGAAGCAAUGCUAUCAUUGCCAGGGCCUAGGUCACGUCCAAGCUGACUGCCCGACUCUGCGUCUUAGCGGUGGCCCUGCGGGAGGUCGCUGCUACUCAUGCGGCCAAAUCGGCCAUUUGGCACGUAACUGCCCAACACCACAUGCUGGACCUGGGCCCGUACCUGGGCCUGGACCUGGACCCUCCACCCGUGGCGGUCGUGGUGGCUAUGGUGGAUUCCGCGGUGGUUACACGGUGGUCAACAACCGCGCUGCCACCUGCUACAAAUGCGGCGGUCCCAACCACUAUGCAAGAGAUUGUCAGGCUCAAGCCAUGAAAUGCUACGCGUGUGGCAAGCUUGGCCACAUCUCCCGGGAUUGCACUGCCCCGAACGGCGGUCCAUUGAACGCGGCUGGCAAGACCUGCUACAAGUGCGGUCAGCCUGGCCAUAUCAGCAAAGACUGCACCGUCACUGAGACCAAUGGUCCGGCGCCCGGGGUGACGAAUGGAACACCUGCUGAGGGUGCUCUAGCUGCUCCAACUGCUCCUGCAGCAGACGCUACCGAUAUUUCUGCCGCUGCUGCACCUGCUGCAGCUGUGGCAUAA